UGCUCGGCGACGGUAGAGUCGCCGUCCAGUACAUUGUACUACACAUCGACGCGUUAAGAACAGUAAUAACAAAAUAACACGUGUUCAUAUUAUAAAACGUGUUUCCUCAAACCAAUGUGGUGUUAAAAUUAUAUAAUUAUAUAUAAAUAAUAGUUAUUAUGCACUUGGCAGAGUAUAUACAAUUAUAACUAUACACACUAUAAACGUUCCACAGAUUACUAACAUCUCUAAGGAUUUUCUUUUAAAUAAAUCUACGGGUGAAAUCGAGGAAUAACCGUUGUAAUCAAUUAGACCAACAAUUAUCUAGAUCACUUUGAAUGGAGAUAGGAAAGUAUUUUGGUGAAAAUGGAAUAUGAUAAAUCAACUGAUAGCAAGAAACGGGAGCUAUUCUUUGAAGAUGCCUUUGAAGUUGCUGGCCAUGGGAAGUUCAAUCACCUGGUGCUGAUCACCAGUGGGCUCAUACUGCUCAACGUGUCAAUGGAGUCCAUCGGCAUGAGUUACGUCAUCACAGCAGCAGAGUGUGACCUGCAGCUCACAACUGAACAUAAAGGUCUUGUCAAUGCAGCUGCUUUUAUUGGCAUCAUCAGUACAUCAUUUCUCUGGGGCUACUUGGGUGACAAGUUUGGUCGCAGGACAGUCAUGUUGCCGGCCCUCGUGUUUUCGGCCUUUUUCUCAGUUGCUUCAUCCUUCUCCACUAGCGUAUGGAUGCUGGUGGUGUUGCGCUUCUUGACUGGAUGCUUAGUUUCAGCAUCCAGUGCAACUGUGUAUGCUUAUCUUGGAGAAAUGCACAUGAACACUCGCCGUGCCUCGUCCAUCGCCUGGGGAUCUAUUUUUAUAUCACUCUCAUUCAUCAUACUGCCAGGUCUCGCGUGGUUAAUAAUCCCCGGGAAAUGGUCAUUCACUAUUGGCAGUUUAAUUAUUGUACCAUGGCGAGCCUUUGUUUGGGCCUGGUGCGUUCCAGGGCUGAUGGCUGCAUUCGCAUUACUGUUUCUGCCAGAAAGCCCUCGGUUCCUCCUGGCUUCGAGGGGCCCUGAUGCUGCAAUGUCAGUUCUGGCGAAGAUGUACGCUUGGAAUCGUGGUGCAUCAGUUGAUAAUUUCCCGGUGGAGAAAAUACUGACAGUCAGUUUGGAGUCACAGAAAACAGGCUUCGUUGGCGCUCUCAAGAACAUCAUGUUAAUGUUCAGGCCACCUCUACUGCGCUGUGUGUUGAUCUCUCACGUGUCGAUGUUCGCGGUGUUUAUGCUUUCAAGCGGUCUAUACGUAUGGGUGCCAGAGAUACUAAACAACAUUCUUCAAAGUACAAGUGACCGCAGUAUUACAAUCUGCGAAAUCAUACAUGAAAAGAUACGGAAGGAAAGUGAAUUUAAUAUGCAGUUAAACAACACGUGUACGACCGAUGUGGCUAUUGGCGUGUUCCCCAUCUCCAUGGGGAUGGGAGUAGUGUUCGCUCUCACAUACUUCGCGAUUGGCCUCUUCAUAAACAAGAUUGGACGGCAGAUAUUGUACUGUGGUAUAAUGUUGCUGUGCGGAGCGGCGACCGCGGGCGCUGCGCUGGUGCCUCACGGGGGCGCCGCCACCGCCCUACUGGUUGCGGCGCUGUGCUCGGGCUGUGCGGCCUCCAUCCUCGCAGCAAUUGCCGUCGACGUCUUCCCCACUUGUUUACGGGCGAUGGCAAUGUGUAUAAUGUACAUGGUGGGUCGGACUGGUGCAGCGGUGGGGUCCUACCUGCUGGGGGCCACCCUCAAUACCUACUGUUUGACAGCCUUCAUACUCUUGGGAGUGUUCACUGCAGGAUCGACACUUCUUAUUUUGUUAUGGCCGAAACCUCAGGAGAUUAGAGAGAAAAUGGAAGAACAAGGAUUAACAUAUUAGAAACGUGUGAUUAGAAUUAAUAAAUAGACUUCGUAAUGUUUAGUUUAAAAAGCAAUGCCCACAUCAGUCCACUGCUGGACGAGGGAUUUUUUUUUAACUUUCUUGUAUCUUACUAUUAUAAAAGCGAAAGUUUCUGAGUACAGAUACUACUGACAAAAAUUACUGAACGGAUUUUGAUGAAACUUUUCACCAAUAUAGUUUAUACAUCAGAAAGAUACAUAGGCUAUAAUUUAAAAAUAUAUUUUGUAAGUUGGGCGAAAUGUCAAAUGACGCAGACGAAGUUACGUGGGUCAGCUAGUUAAUAUUAUAAACGCGAAAGUUUGUGAGUAUGAUGUAUGAAUGGUUGGAUGUUUGUUAUUCUUUCACGCAAAAACUACUGAACGGAUUUUGAUGAAACUUUACAGCAAUAUAGCUUAUACAUCAGAAUAACGUAUAGGUUAUAAUUUAAAAAGAUAUUUUGCAAAUUGGGCCAUUUAUGAUGAUAAAUGUCAAGUAAGUCAUGCAGACGGAGUUAGUAGCAGUCGGCUAGGUUAUUUUGGAGAGAGUUUUCUUAACUUCUUUUUAAAACCUAGUGGUGACUUUCCCAUGUACAAAAUAUUGGAAGAUUCUUUUGUCUGUAACUUCACCGUAUCAUAUGAGGUGUCCAAUGUUUGUUAUGGAAAACCACUGAAACUUGAAUUUAUUUUAUAAAAAAUAUAUGUUUAUUUGAUAGAUGGGAGAAUAAGUUUCUUUUUUUGCUUGAUAAUGGAAUGGUGCACUCUUCUGCGCUAACGAUUUACGCAGGCAGGGCACCAGUGGAGGAUGAUAGGAUGAGCAUGAGGUCAGGUCAGUUAGUGUGACAUUGUGACAAGUUCAUUAGGAAUUUAUUACGAUGGUUUCCAGGGGGAAGUGUGACAUUGUGACAAAUUCAUUAGGAAUUUAUUACGAUGGUUUCCAGGGGGAAGUGUGACAUUGUGACAAAUUCAUUAGGAAUUUAUUACGAUGGUUUCCAGGGGGUAGUGUGACAUUGUGACAAAUUCAUUAGGAAUUUAUUACGAUGGUUUCCAGGGGGAAGUGUGACAUUGUGACAAAUUCAUUAGGAAUUUAUUACGAUGGUUUCCAGGGGGAAGUGUGACAUUGUGACAAAUUCAUUAGGAAUUUAUUACGAUGGUUUCCAGGGGGAAGUGUGACAUUGUGACAAAUUCAUUAGGAAUUUAUUACGAUGGUUUCCAGGGGGAAGUGUGACAUUGUGACAAAUUCAUUAGGAAUUUAUUACGAUGGUUUCCAGGGGGAAGUGUGAUAUUGUGACAAAUUCAUUAGGAAUUUAUUACGAUGGUUUCCAGGGGGAAGUGUGACAUUGUGACAAAUUCAUUAGGAAUUUAUUACGAUGGUUUCCAGGGGGAAGUGUGACAUUGUGACAAAUUCAUUAGGAAUUUAUUACGAUGGUUUCCAGGAGGAACCGCGUGGGGGUCAACCGGACGUGGUACAUUGCUUGGGGUUAUUAGUCCACAUCACUAACAUUCUCGUACUCCCCUAUAUAAUUUAUAACGUUAGGUGAUAAGAGUGGCCUUAUUAAAGUAAUUUAUGUGGCAAUACAGCGUUUGCCAGGUUAGUUAGUAUGUAUAUAUAAGGUUCGUUUUUGUGUAUGUAAAGUAAAGUGACCUACCUACCAGCAAUGUACACUUAUUCCAUACAAUAUAUAGGUUGUGAGCUAUAGACUUGGAGUAGUGAAUUUAUUCAACAAUACUAGGGCGGGUCAACUUUGGCGCCAGGAGGGGGUCACAUAGUCGUGGUCAAGUCAAGAACUUAUAAUUUAAUUUUGAUAACAAUAGAUACAAGUAAAAAGUAGGUAUUUUAUUAAUGUACGGAAGUCCUG